AUGGUCGUAAUCUCAUCAACCACUGCCUUCUCUAUACUACUGCUAUUAUUCUCAUCAACUACUGGCUACCAAGCUACCACUACAACUAAAACUGCUACGAAUUAUGAUUAUGACAUUCACGACCCUCCUGGCUAUAUUGACCCAAAUGCUCAAGAUCUGCUAUUACCAGAUAUCACACAUGAGGCAUUGCACGAAAUCGCUGGGCUCAUAAAUGUCACUUACCUUGCUACUGCUCUAGUGCAGCCCGCAUCAUUUCCUGCUGCCGGAAUCAUUCGUGGUAGUAACAAUCGCCUCAUGGUGAACCUUGUUUGUCGUCGCGAUCGUCGCCACACUCCAGUCAAUGUAAUCUUCCUGGUCGAUACUGGCUGCCCACACACUUUUGUGUGCCCACAAGCAAUCACAGCUCUCAUGGGCAAACCAUUAGACAAGUUCAACAUGCCUGAUGAGAUCCCUAUUCGAAUACACUCGGAACUGACUACCCUAGCUCAUCUGUCGCCACAAGAUAAACAUUUUGCGGAUGUUAAUGUGCUCGGCGCGGAUUACUUGGCCUUGCAUGAGGUGUCAUUGUUGAUGAACUGGAACCGGCGAAAGGAAUUCGUAGAGACUGCCAGGAAUGAUUUGCACGAUUCUCAAGUCAAUCGCUUUGAUGUAACGCCAGACCUGGCGUACAUUAUCAUGAUGGUCUUGAUGGCCCUGGCGCUUGGGAUCCUACUAGGAUUCUAUGCUGGUCGAAGGCAAUAUCGAUCUUUCAAAAGCGAUUGA